UGUUAGAUACGGGAGCGAUACCAGCCGGCCGUUCACACUCGUCGGAGGAAAUACGUAUCAGUCCUCAUCUGAAGCCGGACCAGUGCAGCAGCCAUGCGUCUUGCAACAGCUAUCGUCACCCUGGUCUGCCUGCAACUGGGCGUUUGGGCCUGUGAGCCUGAACAGGCCCACAACGGUUGCAAGAUAUUCGCUGGCUCCUGUACGUGCGGCUACGGGUGCAAGACAGAGUUCAUCUAUCGAACAAGGAGAUCCUGUUUAAAUGCUCUAAGAGGUAAUGUACAAGAGAGAACUACGAACAUUUGCUACCGCAUGCCGUGCGUACGCGGUAUAUGCAUUCAAACGGCACAGGAGCCUGGAUUUACAUGCAAAUGCGAGGGUACCGGUUACUUUGGACAACGUUGUGAAAAAGCGUGCCCAACAGUGCCAAUGCACGGGACAAUCUUCCCCCAUGAAUGCAUCGUUAUCUAAGAACAAAAUUAUUAUGCAAAAGUUACAAACAAAAUAUUUAUUGAUUAAAUUGUAAGCUUAGUUUUAUUUACAUAGUUUUGCUUCGUACAAUUUUAACGUGUGAGUUAGCUUAGUAAUGUAUUAUGUAGUGGAGUAGAUGUUAUUUACUAUUUUAUUUGUUACUGACUGCCAUUAUGUAUAACCUGUAGGUCCGAACAUACUUUCAUGUUCAUAAGAUUAUGGGAAAAAAUUUUAACCGUGUAAAUAUUUUGGCGAAUGUUGUAGAUAAAAAAAAUCUAAAUUAUAAAUAAGAAUCUCUUAGAAUAAUUACAAUGUACGCUGUAUGCUUUUGAAAUAAAACGCUAUUUAGCUUUUUCGUGGAAUUAUA